AUGACUUCCGCACCUCUCAAUCCGUUGGAUGUUCCGCCAUACCAGCUACAACAUCUCCUCGCCGGCGUCGGUGACAACUUUGCACGACCCCCCGGUCAAUCAGCCCAGGUGCGAUGCGCGCAAGCACUAGGCGCUGAGCUGUACGUGGGGUGCUCGAACGGCGAGCUGCUUCGCUUCUCCAUCCAGUCAGACUCGCAUACCCUUUUGUCACGGCAAACCGUGGUUAACGAGCGGCCAAUACAAGAGAUUGUUCUGCUGCCCAGCCUGUCUCGUGCGCUCGUCCUUGCAGACCACCAGGUAUACAUCUACACCCUUCCUUCGCUGGACCAGAUACCGCCGACCGUCAUCAAACCCAUACGUAAUGUUGUCACCAUUGCGGUCGAUGAGCAACAUCUACGGCGUCCACCACCGGUCGAUCCCUCACAUCCAGUGGACCCGGUUGACUUCUGUGUGAUCAAACGGAGUGCCAUUUCUCUGUACAGCCUCUACAAGGAGAGGUUGUUCUUCCAGAAGGAGAUUCCUCUCCCGUCAGGAGGCUUCUUGGCUCGACGCACAGGCAAGGCACUCUGCGUUGCAGACAAGGCAGCAUCGAUGCUGCCACUCAUGCCACUAUCACAAGCGCAGGACGGGCUCACAAUCAAGCCGUGUAUUACCGUCAUCAGCGACAACGAGUUCCUGAUCGCGUCGUGGAUGGGCGCGAGCAGCUUGGGGGUGUUCAUCACGGGCGACGCUGAACCUGUAAGGGGUACAUUAGAGUGGCCCGCUCAUCCGGAGUCUAUAUCGCUCAAUUACCCACACAUCGCCGCCCUUCUUCCGAAUGAGACGAUAGAGAUCCACAGCGUCGAGACGCAGGCGAUCGUGCAGGUCGUGUCGGCACCCGCGGACGGGCAGGUCCCCGAGCGGAAGAAGCUCGUCGCAAGUGCGAAUGGGUUCUUUGUUCCGUCGAGCCAACGCUCGGACAAGUUGCGCAAGACGCCGGUGCGGCUCGUGCGGAGGAGGGGGUCGGAAGGAUCGAGGAAGGAGGAGGCCCUGGGGGAGGUUCCUGCGAUGUAG